AUUAUGCUACUUGAAGUAUUCCUGGUUCUGGGGACAGUCAUAGUCUACUUCUUACUUUCCAAGAAGAAAGAAGAGACAUUACCUUUCAAAGAGGGAUGGUGGGGCAAGGGACAAAAGCCUGACACUGAAGAAGACGCAACUGUUCGGCCAUUCAAGGUGGAAACUACAGAAGAAGAGCUGAGCGACUUGUUUAGGAGACUUGACCAGGCCCGAUUCACUGAGCCGCUGGAGAACAGUUGCUUCCAUUAUGGGACUAACUCGGUGUAUCUCAGGAAGGUUGUCUCCUACUGGAAAAACCAGUUCAAUUGGAAGAAACAAGUUGAAGUUCUCAACAAGUACCCACAAUUCAAAACCAAGAUUCAAGGCAUUGAUAUCCAUUUUGUUCACGUAAAGCCUCCUUGUUUGCGUGAAGGCCAGUCUGCAAAGCCAUUACUAAUGGUUCAUGGCUGGCCUGGCUCAUUUUAUGAGUUUUACAAAAUUAUCCCUCUCCUGACGGAUCCUGCAAGCCAUGGCCUCAGUGAUGAACACACUUUUGAAGUCAUUUGCCCAUCUAUCCCUGGUUAUGGUUUCUCAGAAGCACCCCACAAAAAAGACUUUAAUUCUGUAAGUGCUGCUUCUAUUUUUUAUGAAUUGAUGCUCAGACUGGGAUUCAGUGAGUUCUACGCACAAGGUGGUGACUGGGGCUGGCUCAUCUGCACCAAUCUGGCCCAGAUAGCUCCCAGCCGUGUGAAAGGUCUCCAUUUAAAUCUAGUCUCGGUUACGAACAUGGGAUUCAUUCACCUGCUGUCCAUUCUGCUGGGCCGCUAUCUUCCAGGGCUCUUCGGUUUCCAGGAUGAAGAUGUUAGGCGGAUGUUUCCCUUCUUGAAAAAAGGGCUCUGCAGGAUGCUGCUGGAGUCUGGCUAUGCUCACAUACAGGCUACAAAGCCUGAUACUGUUGGCUGUGGUUUGAAUGACUCUCCUGUAGGACUGGCUGCAUACCUCUUGGAGAAGUUUUCUACAUGGACUGAUGUGGAAUUCCAUAACUUAGAGGAUGGAGGCCUAGAGAGGAAGUUUAACUUGGACGAUCUGCUCACCAAUAUCAUGAUCUACUGGGUGUCAGGAUGUAUAGUCUCCUCCAUGCGUUUCUACAAAGAAAAUUUGCAGAAGGGGAUAGGCACACAGAAACAUGAAAGGCUCACAGUACAAGUACCUACCGGCAUUGCCUCCUUCCCUAAUGAAGUCAUGCACACACCCCAGGCUUGGGCCCAGAAGAAGUACACCAACAUUGUUUCCUUCCAUUUCAUGCCUCGAGGUGGCCACUUUGCAGCUUUGGAGGAACCUGAACUUCUUGCUGAAGAUAUUCUGCAGUUUGUUGGGAAAGUAGAGAAAGAGCAACUUUGGAGAAAGAAAGGAGAAUAACUCCCCUAACAAACAGCAGGGUAAUUGCUUAUAGCUUAGCACAUUUACAGGCCUUACUACAUCUACUGUAAUCCAUGUAAUUAGAUCUUAUUCUUGACCAGAUGUGAGA